AUGAAACCCCGUCUCCUCCUCUCUCUCUCUCUUCUACUCUUACAACCCAUCUUCGCUCUUCAAGCUAAUCUGGCAGGAGUGGUAGAUUGGCACACUCCUCUCUUGGGUGUUCCCCUGCUCGAUUCCUUCUCUUCAGGUGUGAGACGUUCAGGUAGUCCCACCCCUCCUACACUCGUCGAUACCCCGGAUGGUUUGAGAGGUGUUGUAAUAAGUAGAGGGAACGUAUUGGGUGUUGUGGAUCAAAAAGGGGAAAUUGUCUGGAGACAGAGAUUGGAAGAUGGCGAUGAGGUGGGGAGUUAUCAUGUUGUUGGAGAUUCCAUUCUACUACUGUCCGGACCGGGAGGUGAUACAGCCCGUCUUUUCACCCUUUCCUCAGGACGUCCAUUAUGGGAAACUCAUCUAUCCCUCGUCCAAAACCCUGAACUCACCAAUCCUCCCAAUCCUAUCAAUCACGGUUCCGACGUCUCAUUCACCUCCGAUCUCACUUCGGUGGUAAUCCUCAGUAACGGAAGAAGAGUCACCAAACUCGACCUCACCACUGGUCGUAUACUCUGGAGUCUAGAAGCUCCAGGAGCAGGUGAUACAAUCAUCUUUCAACAUGUUCGUAUUUCCGGUCCGACCGUUCAUCUACUAGCAUAUGUCUCUUCAUUCUCUUCGGGAACAUUAGCGACCAUGUCACUCUCACUUGAAACUUCCAUACCAUUAGCAGAGAUGGGUCAAAUACCUUCUAUUGUGGAAUUACCAGAACAAUCUUUACUUUCUUCUGGCGCUAAAGAGGGAGAGGUGAGAGUGGUAUGGACUGAACAUGGACGUGUGCGUUCGGUUGAAUUAAAUGAGGAUGGAAGUAUUGGGAAAGUUAAGGAUAUGUUACCUGGUGCCGGUAGAUUAUUCACACGUGUGUUAGAUGUUGGGAAGACUGCGAAGGAUAGAGGACUGCUUUUAGCUCAGAUGAGGAAUGGGGGUGUGCAGAUUGUAGAUGUUAUCAAAGGAAAGACGGUGGAUGAGUUUGAAGGUUCGGUUGACGCAGGUGACCACUCAGUAUCCACCUACUCAGCAGUCAAAACCGACAAAGGGAUCGCAUUCCACAGACUUUACUGGUCUUUCAACCUCAACCUGGCCAUGUCUCAAACAUACCAUGUGCAUGAUGAUGGUUUGGUAAUUCAAUCUGGCUUCACAUUCGGGUUCGAUACUCUCUCCCAUGGGGUCAUGUUACAUGCCGCUGUAUCGAGCACGUUGUCACAAAAUCAACUUCCGACACUUAUGAUCACCACCUCUACUGGUUCCGUGCAAUUGGUGGAGCAGCGCGGUGUGCAAUGGGUCAGAGAAGAGGGUUUGUCGGAGUUGACAGCAGUCACAUUUAUCGAUCUUGGUGAACCAGAAGUUGAAGAAGCGCGACAUGUAUUGACAGAAGAAACUUUCAUCGCAAGAGUUACCAGACAUCUCACCGAACUCAAAGACCUUCCGAGCUAUGUGAUGAAGUUUGCCAAACGUCUCACUUCUUCUUCUCUGGCCUCGUCAAAACUCAGUCCACUGUCUAAGGAGACACUACACAAUGAUCAGUUUGGGUUUCAAAAGCUCGUACUGGGUGUGACACCUACGGGCAAGUUGUACGCCCUCGACUCGACGAAUGGAAGAGUAGUAUGGUCCGCCACUCUUGGUAGGACAAGUGAGGACGGAUCGGAGUUGGAGGUGGUGGGUAUGUGGAAUGUGAGGAAAACGGGAGAAGAACCACCUUUGGUGGAUGUUCUGGCCCAAGUCAAGACCGUGGUGUUCCAAAUUAACGCUCUUACCGGCGAUGCUGGACAAAAGGAUGAAGCCGGAUUACCAGAAGGUAAAGAGUUAUUUGAUGGUCGACCAGAAACUGCUUUCCUCCUUCCUUUCAGAAACUGUCAUACCUCAGCAUUGGUAUUAGCCAUUGUGGACCAAACUAAUCACAUUCACAUUUUCCCAUCAUGCAAGAAAGUAUUAAAAGAACUCUACACCAUGUCAUCAUCUCUUUUCUUUCAUACCAUUGAUAAAUCCUCAAUUCAUGGUCACGCGCCUUCACCUCAUUCGGGAGAAGAAACCCCCAUCCCUGCCGCCGAAAUUUGGUCAUUCAAUGUUCCUCCUGAUGAAACUUUACUUGAGGUCCGUCCGUUAUCACCGUCACCCACAGCAUCGUUUGGUAAAGUUACCGGAGAUAAAAAGACGUUGUACAAGUAUCUCAAUCCGCAUCUCCUAACAGUGACAACGAGGUCAGAAAGUGGAGGAGCAGUGUAUGUGGUGGAUAGUGUGACGGGGAAGGUGAUUUAUUCCACAAAAGUUGAGAGUGCGAAUGGACAUGGAGUGGAAAGUGUUAUAUUGGAAAAUUGGUUGGUUUAUCGUUGGAAGGGUAAAGACGGCUGGAGGAUAGGGUCAGUGGAGUUGUAUGAGAAUGUGACGGAUAGUAAAGGCGAGACACCUGGUAUAUCCGGGUUUGCGGACAAACAUGAUAUCGUAGCUUUUACACAAAGUUGGGUUCUGCCCGGGGAAAUCAGCAUGUUGGGCUUUACGAAUAGUAAAUUGGGUGUGACUGCAAGAGAAUUGUUAUUCAUCAACGCCCAAGGUCAAAUCGCUUCUAUCCCACGUAAACUAUUAGAUCCCAGAAGACCAAUUGAAAAACCUACUUCGUCGGAUAAAGAGGAGUUGUUGAUACCAUAUGAUACGUAUUUAGCUUCAGAACCGAGAAGAGUUAUUACUCAUACUUAUCCCGUAAUUGGUCUAAAACACAUUCUCACUUCCCCAACUUUACUCGAAUCCACUUCACUCAUCUUCGCUCAUGGUUUGGAUCUAUUUGGCAGUCGGAUCUCACCUGGAGGAACGUUCGACAUGCUUUCUGAUAAUUUCAAUAAACCUCAGUUAUUACUUACCCUCGCUGCGUUGAGUGUGGGGAUCAUGGUUGCUCGACCUGCAGUGAGAAGGAAAAUGGAGAGGAUGAGAUGGUAUUAG